AUGCGAGUCCCUGCCUCAGCAGCUAAAAUCCUCCCCCCUCCCAUCGCAAAGCCAUUCCAGCCAACCAGCACUGACAGGCAGGGCAGGGACCCGGGGGGGACAGAAGGAACCGGACGGCAGCAGGAGCCCAGCGCACACACGGAGCCGUGACACAGCAACACACCGUUACCGGGGGCUGGAAGCGAAGGGAAUCUGGCUUAAUGCCCCACCGCAGAGGGAGGCAGUGACAGGAGACACAGCCAGGAGAUGGCGGGAGCAUCGGUUAAGGUCGCAGUCAGAGUGCGGCCUUUCAACUCACGUGAGAUUGGGAAAGACUCAAAAUGUAUUAUACAAAUGUCUGGAAACACAACCACCAUUGUCAACCCCAAACAACCUAAGGAAACCCCCAAAAGCUUCAGCUUUGACUACUCCUAUUGGUCCCACACUUCGGAUGAAGACAGUCAGUUUGCAGGCCAGAAGCAGGUAUACCGUGACAUCGGGGAGGAAAUGCUGCUUCACGCCUUUGAAGGUUACAAUGUGUGCAUUUUUGCAUAUGGGCAGACUGGCGCUGGCAAAUCGUAUACCAUGAUGGGCAAGCAGGAGCCAAGUCAACAAGGAAUCAUACCACAGCUCUGUGAAGAUCUUUUUUCCCGUAUCAAUGACACAACCAAUGACAACAUGUCCUACUCUGUGGAGGUCAGUUAUAUGGAAAUAUACUGUGAGCGAGUUCGAGACUUGCUGAACCCAAAGAAUAAGGGUAAUCUUCGUGUGCGUGAACAUCCCCUCCUGGGGCCAUAUGUAGAGGACCUUUCAAAGCUAGCUGUCACGUCCUAUGGUGAUAUCCAAGAUCUCAUGGAUUCCGGUAACAAGGCCAGGACAGUGGCGGCUACAAAUAUGAAUGAAACAAGUAGUCGCUCCCAUGCUGUGUUCAACAUCAUUUUUACCCAACGUAGGAAUGAUGCCGAUGCACAAACCACCACUGAGAAGGUGAGUAAAAUCAGUCUUGUGGAUCUAGCAGGAAGUGAAAGGGCUGACUCCACGGGAGCUAAGGGUACAAGGUUAAAGGAAGGGGCAAACAUCAACAAGUCGCUCACCACACUUGGUAAAGUGAUUUCUGCUCUUGCUGAAAUGGACUCUGGAACCAACAAGAAUAAAAAGAAGAAGAAGACAGACUUUGUUCCGUACAGGGAUUCAGUGCUGACAUGGCUUCUUAGAGAGAACUUAGGUGGAAACUCUCGUACUGCUAUGGUGGCUGCUCUGAGCCCAGCAGAUAUCAAUUAUGACGAAACACUCAGUACCCUGAGAUAUGCUGAUCGUGCCAAACAGAUUCGAUGCAAUGCUGUUAUCAAUGAAGAUCCAAAUAACCGCCUCAUCCGGGAGCUUAAAGAUGAGGUGGCUCGUCUCCGAGAGCUGUUAGGGGCUCAAGGGCUGUCCGACAUCAUAGACACCGUUAAUGCCCUGACGGGCAUGAGUCCUUCAUCAUCCAUGUCCGGUUUGUCCAGCCGAGCUGCAUCCGUAUGCAGCCUGCAUGAGCGCCUUGCAUUUACUCCUGGCAGUGAAGAGGCCAUCGAGAGACUCAAGGAGACAGAAAAGAUAAUUGCCGAACUGAAUGAGACAUGGGAAGAGAAGCUGCGCAGGACAGAGGCUAUCCGAAUGGACAGAGAAGCGUUGCUGGCAGAGAUGGGCGUUGCUAUGAGAGAAGACGGAGGAACCCUGGGGGUCUUUUCGCCUAAGAAGACUCCUCACCUGGUGAAUCUCAAUGAAGACCCCCUGAUGUCUGAGUGUCUUCUAUACUACAUCAAGGACGGCAUCACCAGGGUAGGACGUGAGGACAUAGAGAGAAGACAGGACAUUGUACUGAGCGGACACUUCAUCCGGGAUGAACACUGUAUUUUCCGCAGCCACACCAAGGGCUGCGGAUCAGUGGUGGUGAUGCUUGAGCCCUGUGAAGGAGCUGACACAUAUGUGAAUGGCAAGAAACUGACAGAGCCGUGUAUACUACGAUCUGGAAAUCGCAUAAUCAUGGGAAAGAGCCACGUGUUUCGUUUUACCCACCCUGAGCAAGCGCGUCAGGAGAGGGAGCGCACACCCUGUGCGGAGACGCCUGUAGAGCCCGUGGACUGGGCGUUCGCUCAACGCGAGCUGCUUGAGAAGCAGGGAAUUGACAUGAAACAGGAGAUGGAACAGAGGCUUCAAGAAUUAGAAGAUCAGUACCGAAAGGAACGUGAAGAGGCAAAUUAUCUUCUAGAGCAACAGAGACUGGACUAUGAAAGUCGACUGGAAGCUCUACAGAAACAAAUGGAUUCUAGAUAUUUCACUGAAGUGAAUGAGGAGGAGGAAGAACCUGAGGAUGAAGUCCAGUGGACAGAACAGGAGUAUGACCUGGCUCUCUGGGCUUUUCGGAAGUGGAAGUGGUACCAGUUUACAUCCUUACGUGACCAGCUCUGGGGCAAUGCCAUCUUUUUGAAGGAGGCUAAUGCAAUCAGUGUGGAGUUGAAGAAGAAGGUGCAGUUCCAGUUUGUUCUGCUGACAGAUACUCUGUACUCACCUCUCCCUCCUGACCUGCUUCCUCCUGAUGCUCACUCUGAACGUGAAAAACGACCCUUCCCAAGGACGAUCGUGGCUGUUGAAGUUCAAGAUCAAAAAAAUGGUGCAACCCAUUAUUGGACCUUGGAAAAACUGAGACAGCGCCUGGAUAUGAUGCGGGAGAUGUAUGACCGAGCUGCUGAGCUUCCGUCUGGUCUGACGGAAGACUGUGACAAUGUGGUGACUGGAGGAGAUCCUUUCUACGACCGCUUUCCUUGGUUCCGCCUGGUGGGCAGCUCUCCCCUAUUCACCACAUGCAUGAGUGAGAGCAUGGCCGAAAUAACCCCCUCCCCUACCCUCUCGAGCCCCGGCUCCGAGGGCCCAGAGCCGGCCUCACAACUUGAAGAGGAGGAGGGUUUGGAGUAUGAGGAGGAAGAGGAUGACGGAUCCCGGGAGAAUCCCUGCUGCGCUGUCAGAUCCGACCCGUUUCACGACCGCUCCCCUCUGUUCAGUGUAGUGGGAAGGGCCUUUGUGUACCUGAGUAACUUGCUGUACUCUGUGCCGUUGGUUCACCGAGUCGCAAUCGUCAGUGAGAAGGGAGAGGUGAAAGGAUUUCUCAGAGUUGCUGUCCAAGCCAUAUCAGCUGACGAGGAAGCACCUGAUUAUGGGUCUGGGGUUCGCCAGUCUGGAACAGCCAAAAUCUCCUUUGAUGACCAACACUUCCAGAAGUUCCAGGCUGAAUCCUGCCAAGGAAUGACCCGCUCGGGCACCUCACAGGAGGAGCUUCGCAUUGUAGAGGGAGGACAGGGGCAAAAUCCGGACAGCGGCCCCUCCGCUGAUGAGGUCAACAAUAACACCUGUGCAGGUGAAUACCCGGGUGGACUAUCAUCUAUGCAUUCCACCCUCAUGGACAGCCCGGUGAAGACUCCACUUGAUUUGUGUGAUGGAGCAGGUCACCCACUGAAACUGGGCAGUAUCUUCACGUUCAGGGUGACCGUGCUGCAGGCGUCCAGCAUCCCUCCUGAGUACGCUGACAUAUUCUGCCAGUUCAAUUUCAUCCAUCGUCACGAUGAGGCGUUUUCUACCGAACCAUUGAAAAACACAGGCCGUGGACCACCCCUAGGAUUCUACCAUGUCCAAAAUAUCGCAGUGGAAGUCACGCAGUCUUUUGUGGAAUAUGUGAAGACUCAGCCCAUUGUGUUUGAGGUUUUUGGACAUUAUCAGCAGCAUCCAUUCCCACCGUUAUGCAAGGAUGUGCUCAGCCCCUUGCGCGCCUCGAGACGCCUCCUUCCCCGGGUUAUGCCGCUGUCCAAACCAGUCCCUGCCACAAAGUUGACCAGACAGCGUGUCCCAAGCACUGGGCAGUGCCACUGCAAAUACGACCUGAUGGCGUUCUUCCAAAUCUGUGAGCUCGAAGCAAACGGCGACUAUAUUCCUGUAGCCGUGGACCAUGGAGUUGGCUUGCCAUGUCAUGGGACAUUCCUUCUGCAUCAGGGUAUCCAAAGACGUAUAUCUGUGACAUUGGUUCAUGAAGCUGGCGCUGAGUUGAAGUGGCUGGAAGUAAAGGAACUAGUAGUGGGAAGGAUCCGAAACACCCCAGAGGCCGAUGAGUCACUAAUUGACCCCAACAUCUUGUCCCUGAACAUCUUGUCUGCUGGGUAUCGCCCCCCAGAAGGUGGUGACCGGCAGUUUCUUGAUUCUGACACACCUAGGACGUUCUAUCACUUUGAAGUUGCCUGGGACAGUUCUAUGCACAAUUCUCUUCUGCUCAACCGCGUCACUCCAUACAGAGAGAAGAUCUACAUGACCCUGUCUGCUUAUGUGGAGAUGGAGAACUGUACACAGCCAGCUGUGAUCACCAAAGACUUCUGCAUGGUGUUCUACUCUCGGGAUGCCAAGCUCCCUGCCUGUCGCUCUAUCCGAAACUUGUUUGGAACUGGCAGCUUGCGAGCCUCUGAGGGGAACCGUGUGACAGGGGUGUAUGAGCUCAGUCUUUGCCGAGUUGCUGAAGCUAGCAGUCCAGGAAUGCAGAGGAGACGUAGGCGCGUGCUGGAUACCUCUGUGGCAUAUGUGCGGGGUGAAGAAAAUCUUGCAGGGUGGAGGCCGCGCAGUGACAGCUUGAUCCUUGAUCAUCAAUGGGAGUUGGAGAAGCUCAGCUUGCUCCAGGAGGUGGAGAGAACACGCCAUUAUCUGCUUCUGCGAGAGAAACUAGAAGCUAUUCUGCGAGGAUCCUCAGAUCCUCUCACUCCUUCCCCAAGUGAAGAGAUAAUGCCCCUCAGUCCCACUUGUCAGCUGGUGCAGCUCACAGAAGAAGGUUCGCCUCAAGUAGAAGAGAAUCCUCUGGAAACUGCAAGUGAAAGACAGAAAGAAUUAGCUGCAAAGUGUCUACGCCUGCUCACUCACACCUUCAACAGAGAAUACACAUACAGCCAUGUGUGUGUGAGUGCCAGCGAGAGCAAGCUGUCUGAGAUGUCAGUCACACUUCUGCGCGACCCCUCGCUGCCUGCCCUCGGUGCAUCCACUCUUACCCCAUCCACCACCUGCCCCUCCCUGGUUGAAGGCCGAUACUGCAGUCCUGAGUCUAACCCUCAGCCCCUUUCUCGUGGAUUCAGCCCUGAUCGGGAAACUCUGAGCCCUGCAGGAGAGCCACAGAAGUCCCCCAGCACAGGAGCGAAGAGUCCUUUCAGUUUGUUUGUUCCUGACAUCCAAGAGAUCCGGGUCAGCCCCAUUGUCUCUAAGAAGGGCUACCUUCACUUCUUGGAGCCGCACACCGGUGGCUGGGUGAAGCGGUAUGUGGUGGUCCGUCGCCCAUAUGUCUACAUCUACAACAACGAUAGGGAUCCAGUGGAGAGGGCCAUCCUAAACCUCUCUCAAGCCCAAGUGGAGUACAGUGAAGAUCAGCAGGCCAUGUUGAAGACUCCCAACACAUUUGCGGUGUGCACUCAGCACCGGGGCAUUCUGCUGCAGGCCGGCAAUGACAAGGACAUGCACGACUGGCUCUAUGCCUUUAAUCCUUUGCUGGCUGGCUCCAUCCGGUCCAAACUGUCUCGACGCAGAACAGCCCAAAUGAGAAUUUAAUGGGAUUCUCUCCCCCUCUCUCAUCAACACUUAACUCCCUUAACUCACCCCAAAGCUGCACACAAUAUCUGCACUCCUCCUAUGUUCAGCAGAAGUUUCACUUGCUUGUGCUCUCGCUGAAGAUCACUUUUAGGGAAUCUCAUAUCACUGCACUCUCACUCUGCUGUACAAAAGUCUAAUCUGUUUCUUCCUGAUGUCCUCACCUGUCCUCGGCACUUGGUAGAGUAGACGGAGCAUUGCCGGGUCACUGAUCAUUUGCGUCUUUAUGGAGAUGAUAGGAACAGUGAAAGGACAAGUAUUGUUUUUUGUGUUUGUGUUUUCACCAUUGUGCUGUGUUAGACAAGGUAGAACAAAUAUUCAAACACGAUGGCCAGUUUCUUAUUACGUCUAUGUAACUCAGCAUAGAAACAACUUUAUUAAAUGACAUGUAAGCCUCUGACGAGAAUCUAAUAUCAGGGAGGUUGGUGUGACUACUAAUAUUAGACUGAAAAGUAACAUUCUGUACAUUUCGAAUAACAUUUAGGGUCUGCAUUAUGACAUUAGACAAAAAAAAGGCUGUACACCUUAAAUAGCAUUUGGGGACUGAAUUUUAGGUCUUCAGGUUUCUAAUAAGCGAUGUUGAGGAAGAGCACCCUACAGAGUAACAGGGGAA